GGUUCCAUUCUCUCCAGGAAUCAAUUGUCUUGUUUCUUGGCGGCACACUCUGCUGGGUUCUCCGAGGCCUUUAAGUUCAUCCCCGUGCACUCUGUCUCCUAAAAUUACAAGCACAGCCUGAGGCGCUCCAUCCACCCAAGUGCUUUCUGUCCGGCGCUGAGCGCUUGCUCUGGCUCCGCUGCGCUUUCUGCGGAACCUUGUGUCGUAGACGUGUUUCCAGAGGAGUGAGUUCGCUGUGGUAGUUAGGAUUUACCAGCUUCCGGCGGCCGCUCCGACUAAUGGCGGUGAGCUGUGGGAGAAGGCGUGUUUGUGGCGAGGCCCUAGGUGGGGAGACCCUGUGAAUUUCGUCCUGUCUCACGAUUUUUCAGGAGCCAGGGCGUCCUGCUCGGGAGGCACCAGCAGCCUCAAGUCGGAAAACUCAUCGCGCUCCGCGCAGACCCCGGCCCUCUCGCUCAGCUUCCGGUGCCUCGGAACCUCCUCUCCGCAGUUCAGUGCAACCUGCAUGCGACUCCGCCGCCGGAACCCAUCCCGUAGGCAACACAGUAGCGAUGAAGCAAAAGAAAAAGAAAACCCCCAACAGGGUCUCUGGGACAAAUGGAAGCGAAAAGCCCUCGGAGAAACCUGCCCCGGACGAAGCUCCUCCUAGCGCUGAGGCCCAGGCGGAACAGCUGGCGCGGGAGCUGGCCUGGUGUGUGGAACAGCUGGAGCUGGGUCUCAAGACGCAGAGACCUACCCCGAAGCAGAAAGAGCAGGCUGUUGGGGCAAUCCGAACGCUGCGCAGUGAAAAAACCCCCUUGCCCCGGAAGAGACAGCUGAUGCGCUCCUUGUUUGGGGACUACAGGGCUCAGAUGGAUGCAGAGUGGCGGGAGGCCCUACGGGCUCUAAAGGCUGCCACCCAUUCGGCCCAGGUACAGCUCGUCAGUGAGGCCACCAGAAAGAAGAGCGGAAGGGUCUGCAGGCCUCGUCCUGCAGAAAGAGCCAAAACCACUCCGGACUUGACCAGCGAAGAGUUUCGGUUCAAUUUCUUUUAGGGUCUCCUACAUGCUGGACCGCUCAUCCCCCUCCAGGGUGGGGUGGGGAUGUGUCCUGAUUGCAGGGCCUUCCCAGGAAUUCUCUCAGCAGAAGUGGGGUUGGUUUGUCCUUCAUUGCAGCAUGGACCUGAAGCGGCUGGCCUAUGUGAGGCUGCUAUGUGGAUGUGGAAACCUUUGAAGGAAAUGUUCUUCAUGUCAGAAGAGAGGUGCAGAGUAGCUGCUGAUGAUAAGGAACUGUGGGGAAGUUGUGGACACAGUGGGCUCACUUUUGAAAAGAUGCUCAGGCCAUUUUUCUAGUGCUUUGUAUAUUGUUAUAUCGCCUUAAUAAAUCUUUUCUAAGGAAAUAGGAUGGUGUGAGAGAGAGAGUUCCGAAUGUGUUAGAGGAGGCAAGACUGCUUGGUCCAGCUCUGAUCCAGGACUUAGUCCUUUGCUGCUGUUGUUGCUGUUUCCCUCAGCAGGUUGUCGUCUUCUGGAGCCAGUGUGGUCUCCAUCAAGCCACGUUUUGUUUUUAGGAGCUAAGAAGCUACUCACUGUCUUAGCCUGAGCUGAGUCUUAGCAGACUGCAUCAAAACAAAACAAACACAACACAAC